AUGGCGUCGCACCCCGCAGCCAAGACUAAGCCGGCCAAGACCCUGAAGCCCAGGCAAAGCAAGGCAGCCAUGCUUGAGAAGCGCCAGGCGAAGCGAGUUGCUAAAGCAGAGAAACGUGCGGAAAAGAUGGCCAAGGCCAAGGCUAAUGCCGAGGCUAAGAAGGCCGUUGGUGGCACCCCUCGAAAGGAGAAAUAUGGCGCAAAGAAGCGAGUCAUUAGCGACGCAAAGAAGAAGACGAAGCUUAAGCUUCGCGUCGAAAAGCUGGAGAAGAAAGCAAACAACUUGUUCAAGGAAGCGAAGAAGGCUGCUGCCCAGUACCAGGCUUUGCUCGAUGCCGAGAAGAACGCUGCCGAGUCCAAGCCUGAACAGGACAGCAACAAUGACGAUGACAACUCUUCUUCCGAUUCUGAUACCUCUUCCGAGUCUGGUGCUUCAGAGGCUUCUGAAGCCUCUGAGAACAAGGGUGGCGUCCCCGUAAACCAGGAGCCUACCGAAGUUCCCGAAGACACUCCUGCCGACGAGAUCGUCAUGAAGCACCGUCGAUUGAGUAACGCUGGUUCCGAACGAAGCCGCAUCUCCGUUGCCGAGGUUCCUUCGGAAGCAGAGGAGGAGCCGAAGAAGUCUAAGAAAGACAAGAAGAACAAGAAGGAGAAAAAGGUGAAGAUUGUCGAGCCUGAGGAGGCCAAGGAGGAGGCCGUUAAGUCUAAGUCCGAGGACGAGGAUGAAGCGCCCGAGGUUUCUGACAAGAAGGCUAAGAAGGCCGAGAAGAAGCGCAAGCGAGAGGCUGAGGCCAAGGCCAAGGCAGAGAAGAACUCGGAAGAACCCGCUGCUCAAGCCGAGCAGUGGCAGGUCGAUGGUCUUGAAGGCGGCUCUGAUCGACAGGCCAAGUUCAUGCGACUCUUGGGAGGUAAGAAGGCGGGUGCUGCUGCCCCUACGGCUCAUGGAUCUACCUCUAAGGGCACGUCUGAUUCCACAAAGGCCGAAGCCGAGAUUCAGAAGCAAUUCGAGGCUGGCAUGAAGAUGAAGAAUGAGGGUGGAAGCAAGCGCCGUGGUCUUGGUGCCUAA